GCAGAGACGACAUCACACAGGCCCUCAGUCAUGAGUCUACUUCUCAUUACCACACUGCUGGUGUCAGGUCUGGGCAGUCUCUCCUCCUCUGCGCCACGUCAGUUCCAUGUGGUGAUGGAGCAGAAGAACUGGACAGAAGCUCAGCAGUACUGCAGAGAGAAGUUCACUGACCUCGCCACCAUACACAACAUGACAGAGAAUGAGACGGUGAAGAACUUGAUCCAUGCAGCAGGUGCUGGAGAUGCUUGGAUUGGGCUGAAGAGGGUGGAGUGGCAGUGGUCUCUGGCAGACAGGGAUUUUUACAGAGAAGAUGAAGCACAGUUCACAAACUGGGAUGAAGGCCAACCCAAUAGAGGUGAUGAAGAAUGUGUGGCUCUGAAAGAAAAGGGAAAAUGGCAUGACUUCAAGUGUACCAAAAGCUUUCAUUUCAUCUGCUAUGAUGACAGAGACUCCACACAGCCCUAUGUGCUGGUUAAGGAGGAGAAGAACUGGGCAGAUGCUCAGAGAUACUGCAGAGAGAAACACACAGACCUGGCCAGUGUGAGGAAUCAGGCAGAGAAUGACAAGAUAGAGGAAGUUAGAGGAGGUAAACUUGCCUGGAUCGGUCUGUUCAGAGAUGCCUGGUCAGAGUGGUCAGAUGGCAGCAGCUCCUCAUUCCGCCGCUGGAACACUGGAGAACCCAAUAAUCCAGGUGUGGUGUGCACUACAAUGAUAUCCAAUGGUUGGUGGAAAAAUGCAAGCUGUGUCCAUCCUGGUCACUUCAUCUGCUAUGAAGACAAGCUGGUUCUGGUCCGUGAGAAUAAGACCUGGACAGAGGCGCUGCAGUACUGCCGAGAGCACCAUGUGGACCUGGUGUCUGUGACGUCCGAGCAGGUCCAGCACUGGGUGAGUGAGAGGGCUAAAGGAGCCUCUACUCCUCACGUGUGGGUGGGCCUGCGUCACGCCUGUGGCCUGGGCUGGUUCUGGGUCUGUGGAGAGACCAUCUGCUACAGCAACUGGACCCCAGGACACGAGCAAGCAGAGUCCUGCGAACACAGAGUGGGAGCAGUGGAGUCUGGAGGAGGGCAGUGGGUCAGCAACCUGACAGAGACCGUCAAACUCAACUUCAUCUGCACUACUGAGGAGCAGUAGGACUGGACCCUCCCCAGUCCUGAGCAGCGUUGGACGAUCUCCUCAGGGUCCUAAUGCUCCCAUUGAUGCGCCCCACUCAUUUCAGCAUAAGAAACUAACACUUAUGAGAACCACUGUACUACCAUCACAUACACUACUACUACUUGGCUAACUAUUAACUAUCAAAUACACUACAUACAGUAGCAUACUGUAUGUUAAGAUUUUAUUUCUAAAAGCAUGCUAUUCUUUUACUUCUCCUAGAGAGUCAAAAUAAAGUUUAAUACUAUAAUGUUUUGUGUGGUGUUUUUUUAUUCAUUUUUUUUAUUCUGACAGCACAAAAGUAGUUUGUCUUGUCAAAAUGUUGAAUUCUAUGCUGAGUGUUUGCUGUACCUGACAUGACUAUUUGUAAUUAAUAUGAUUACUGUAACAUCCCUUUUCCGAUAUGUUGUAUGUAC